AUGUCUCAAACACAAGCGAGCAAUAUGGAGCCCUUUGACGAGCAAGGGCAGAGGGGAGAUGCUGACGUUGACAAGAAGCCAAAGACUCGAAGGCCAGCAAAUACUGCGUUUCGGCAACAGCGCUUAAAGGCCUGGCAACCGAUUCUGACCCCCAGGAGUGUCUUACCCCUAUUUUUUAUCGUUGGAAUCAUAUUUGCUCCUCUCGGAGGCGUACUAUUAUGGGCAAGCGCACAAGUCCAAGAACUCGUUAUAGACUACUCGGACUGCAAGGAUGUAACGAAUGAAGUUUCGAUUCCUAAUGACAAUGUCAAAUAUUCCUUCAGAUCCUCCGUCCGCCAGCCCCCGACCUGGCAGCGUACCAAUGCGAGUGGAACCGAAGUCUGCCGACUGAUUUUCGAUGUUCCAGACUCCAUCGGACCACCAGUUUUUAUGUAUUAUCGACUCACCAAUUUCUACCAAAAUCAUCGCAGAUACGUGAAGUCUCUUGAUCUAGACCAGUUGAAGGGCAAAGCGGUCGAUAACAGCACGAUCAAUGGAGGCUCAUGCGACCCCCUUAGACUUGACCCAAGUGGAAAAGCAUAUUAUCCCUGUGGCCUCAUCGCAAAUUCUAUGUUCAAUGAUACUAUUAAUAGCCCCGUGUACCUGAAUGACCCAAACACGGAGACCUCUCAGAUAUACUUCAUGACCAACAAGGGAAUCGCUUGGGAUAGCGACAAGGAACUCAUACAAAACACCUCAUACAAACCAGGGCAGGUUGUGCCGCCUCCGAAUUGGGAGAAACGUUACCCAGACAAAUACGAGAAUGGAAUUCCAAAUCUCCAUGAAAAUGAAGAGUUUAUGGUUUGGAUGAGAACUGCUGCGUUGCCCAACUUCAGCAAACUCUCUCGCCGAAAUGAUACUCAAAAGAUGGCGGCCGGCAUUUAUCAAUUGGACAUUGAAGACCCCUUCCCGGUUACUGAAUAUGGUGGAACAAAAUCGAUCUUAAUAUCCACUCGUACUGUAAUUGGAGGUCAAAACCCCUUUAUGGGAAUCGCCUAUGUCGUUGUUGGAGGUAUCUGUGUUUUGCUUGGAGCACUAUUCACAAUUGCGCACUUAGUUCGACCACGUAAACUUGGUGAUCACACGUAUUUGACGUGGAAUAAUGAACAAGAAAGCACUGCAACUGCAACUGGGCGGGAUGACAGAUUUGGAGCACAUGCCCACUAA